AUGGAAAGUAUAGGAAAGGAGAAAAAUAAGGUACAAUAUUGGAUCGAAGAUAUCCUCGAGGCAAGCUGGUCGAAGCGAGAAAGAAAGGGGAUUAUGGAUGGUGGUGUUGUAGCGGGAGGGAUGAAGGAGCUCGAGAAGUCAGGACCAUAUCAUUCUCUUCCAUCUUUAUCUCUAUCAUUAUUACCUUCGUUCUCAUUGCCAUUUCAUUCAGUUACCGAUUUCAUAUUUAAUUGGAAAGUUAUUCCUCCUGGCCCAUGGCAACUUCCAAUCCUUGGCUAUCUUCCUUGGAUCGACGCAGAGAAACCGCACGUGUCUCUCACGGAACUGGCGAGGACUUACGGUCCCGUCUGUGGACUUCGCAUGGGUUCUGUCUACACAGUCCUCCUCUCGGACCCCCGAUUAAUAAAGCAGAUUUUCACGAAGGAUGCGUGUACUGGCAGAGCACCGUUGUAUUUGACGCACGGAAUUAUGCAAGGAUAUGGACUGGUUUGCGCCGAGGGAGACCGGUGGAGAGACCAAAGGAAAUUCGUUGGCACCUGUUUGAGAAACUUCGGUAUGGUGAAGCACGAAGGAUCGAAACGAGAGAGAAUGGAGAAAAGAAUAUUGAACGCUGCGGACGAAUGCGUAUCGAAACUCGAGCAACGUUCGAUAGACGGUCCAAUCAAUCCGAUGGACACGCUUCACCACUGUAUGGGCAAUUUCAUUAACAGCAUAGUUUUCGGAAAAACGUACGAAGAAGACGAGCCUGUUUGGAAAUGGUUGAGACACCUGCAAGAAGAAGGUGUCAAGCACAUAGGUGUCGCUGGACCGCUCAACUUUUUGCCUCUUCUCAGAUUCUUACCACGAUACGGCGAAAUGAUACGGUCUAUCGUCGAUGGAAAGGAAAGGACGCAUCGAAUAUACCGCGGCAUACUCGACGAGUAUCGUAACCGGAUCAACAUGGCGACAGCUUCAGAGAACGAGAAAGAUAGCUUUUUAGCAGCGUUCGACGAACAGAUGCGAGAAGAGGGGAACGCUGCCGAGGGAGGAUAUUUCACGGAGUCCCAACUUUAUCAUUUGUUGGCUGACCUUUUCGGCGCUGGGACCGACACCACCUUGACCACAUUACGUUGGUUUCUUCUGUUUAUGGCUGUCUAUCCAGAAGAACAGAAAAAACUUCAACUAGAAAUGGAUGAAUGUUUGAGCACCAAGGAGGAACCAACGUUAAAGGACAGAGAAUUCAUGCCUCGCCUCGAAGCUGCUAUAGCUGAAGUACAGAGACUUCGAAGCGUCACACCGUUGGGUAUUCCUCACGGAACGUUAGAGGAAACUGAAAUCUGCGGCUACGAUGUCCCAAAAGGCGCAAUGAUCGUGCCGAUGCAAUGGGCCGUUCAUACCGAUCCUAUUUACUGGCAAGAUCCCCUCGAAUUUCGACCCGACAGAUUCCUGACGGAUGAUGGACAUUUCUUUAAGCCGGAGUCAUUUCUUCCCUUUCAAACCGGGAAAAGGGUCUGCGUUGGCGAAGAACUGGCCCGAAUGAUAUUGUUCCUUUUCGCUGGACGAAUAUUACGAACGCUCGACGUGUCUGUACCGCAGGAUGAAACCAUCGACCUCGAAGGCGACUCCGGUAUUACGUUAGUUCCAAAACCUCACCGGUUGAUGUUCGUCGCGAGGUGUCGGUCGACGAGGGAUAGGUAAUUCCAUUUUUGCAACCUUAUUUUCUUCCACGAAUC